AUGGCUGCUCCUACUGGAUUGGUGAAAUCCAUCCACAGCGAUGUGGCGGUCUACGACUUGGCCGCGGGCAAGUCUACGCCACAGUUCAUGGAGGAGGCCAGGAAGACCAACAAGUCUCUACGAUAUGAUACUGAGUAUAGACGACGACUCGAACUACUGCAGGAUUUCGAGUUCCCUACGACGAGCACUACAGUCCGAGUUUCUCCUGAUGGAUCCUGCAUCCUGGCAACGGGAGUGUACCCACCUGAAAUCCGUCUCUACGAAACAGCUGAGCUGGGUCUAAAGUGUGCCCGACGACUCGACCAAGAGGCAGUGGACGCCAUAUUCCUGGGAGAGGACUAUAAGAAGAUAGCCAUACUAGGCUCAGAUAGGAGCAUCGAAUUCCACGCCCAAUACGGCAAGCAUCAUACGCUCAGGAUACCCAAAUUUGGUAGAGACCUCCAGUACGAUAAGACUACAUGUUUGUUGUAUGUGACUUCCUCUAGUAACGAGAUAUACCGACUGGACCUAGAAGAGGGCAUUUUCGCUGCCCCCUUGAUCGCUAGGAACAUGGAGUUCGUCAAUGCUUCUGCCCUAGCCCCUAAUGGUGCCCCUUUACUCCUCUUUGGCGGCUCUGAUGGUCAAGUCCAAAUCACAGACACUCGAGUUGGCCCCUCAGCCGUCGCCUCGGGAGUGGUUACUCCUGCGGAGGUCCGCUCGGUGGCCUGGAGCCUUCCGGACUGCAUGCAGAUAGCAGCAGGGGACAUUUCGGGGCGCGUGACGGUAUGGGAUAUUCGAUCGAGUCGUCCUCUAGCAGAGCGAGACCAUCGUAAUGGUGUACCUGUCCACACUGUACAGUGGCACUCCAGAGGUGUAAUAUGUUCCUCCGACUCCCGCACGGUCACCUUCUGGAAGCCCGAGGCAGGCCGGGCUGAGGUAGUGACGUCGAUCCCCUCCAAGACUGCUAUCAACCACGUCGCUCUGUGGCCGGGUUCGGGUAUCUUCUUCGCAGCGCGUGACGAGCCACGGAUAGGAACAUACUUCAUCCCAGAGCUGGGAGUGGCUCCUGAAUGGUGUGGGUUCUUGGAUGGUCUCACGGAGGAAAUGGAGGAGACUACUAGUGGAGCCGUGACGAGUGUUUAUGAUGAUUAUGUCUUCGUUACUAAGAAGGAUCUCCAACAGCUAAGUGGUGCUGAUAGUCUUAUCGGGACUAGUCUAUUGAAGGCGUAUAUGCAUGGGUAUUGGAUGGACCGAAGACUUCAUGACAAACUCGUUAAGCUCUCGGACACAUCUUCAUUCUCGAUGGCUGAGCAUGAGAAGGAGCGUCUACAGCAAGCAGUGGAAGCUAAGCGCCCUAUGCGCCGUCCUGCGCCUAAGCAUGUUGAUACACCCAAGGUCAAUGCUCGCUUAUUGGAGAAGUCCUCGAGCGAGUCGGCUAAGCAAGUGUUGGAGGAUGAUAGAUUUGCUAAGUUGUUCAGCAAUAAGGAUUUCGAGAUAGAGGAGGUUCGGGGAGAUGAGGUGGAAGCGGCCCUCAAUGAUGCUCCUACGUCUAGUGGUGUGGUGUCGGCUGAGGCGAUAGCUCCGGUUGAGGAGGAGGAGGAGGAGGGCAGGCCUCGAGGGAAAGGAAAAGGAAAAGGGAAGGGCAAAGGGAAGGGCAAAGGGAAGGGGAAAGGAAAGGGGAAAGGAAAGGGGAAAGGGAAGGGGAAAGGGAAGGGGAAGGGUAAAGGAAGAUUUUAG